AUGUCUGUGCAGGGCAAGGACAGUGACCUCGACCACAAAAGUACUGAUGAGCAGGUGGAGAACACUGUGUUCACAAGACUGAAUAGUUUAAGAACAAUGGGAAGACCGAGUUUUGCACAGGCGCCAGAAAAGGCCUCUCACGUUCUGACUUUCGCACACACUACAAAAGCUCAGGAGAAGACCAGGAAACGACAGCAGCGGGUAAAACUGGAGCCUCUGCCAGUGCUAAAAGUCUACCAAGAUCACAAGCAGCCAGAUUAUAUCCAUGAACAGAACCGGCGUCAGUUAAUUGCUUCUGGGAUCCUAAAGCGCCCAGCAGUACCUGGUCAAAGAAGUUCUGGUCAGCCUGAGUCACCUGCUCCUUUGCUUGAGAAUCAAGAGUUAGUAAGAAAGCAGACACAGCACUCUGCUGAAACAUUCGCUCCUUCUCCACCUAAGCUUCCACGUGGCGGUCAUGGGAAAAGAGGUCUCCUCAAGGCUAGAUAUUCAAUUUACCCCAAACUAACUUUCAAUGACCGGGAAGAGGUCAUUAAAGCCAACAUCUGUGAUCCUUUGCAAAUCAUUAGAAUCGUAUCUGAGAAUGAAAAUCUUGGAUUUCUUUAUAUGAUUCCUGCAGUGGCGAGGUCUUCCAUUGAAUAUGAUACGUAUAAUCUGAAAAUUGUAAGUUAUGAGAACAUCAAUAAAAACGACUACUAUACUAUUAGCAAAAGUGCAGUGACACACAUUUACAAUGAAGACAUUGAGUAUAUUGAACUCAAUCGAUGGGAACAGGAAUAUCUGUAUCACAGAGAACUGAAGAAGAUUCCAAUAUUCUCACUUUUCCGGAAAUGGAAGGCUUUUAAUGUAUGGAAGAAAAAUGUCCGCUCCAAGAAAAUUACCGAGUCUCGAAAUUCUUUACAGAAAAAUUUGUUCAUCGUUAGUCCUUUUUUGCGACCAGCUCUUCUUAAAAUAAAUGAAUUGUGUUAUCUGUUAAAUUUUAUGGGACUUUGCCACAUUGAAAAAGGACAUACGUACACCCUGCUAGAAUUUAAAAGUGCACAAGUCGUACGGCUAGAGGAGGUGACAGAGCGCCUGGAUGAUUUCAGAAAGGAGGCAAAAGACAUAGUGAGGCAGGCCUGCCGCAUUGCUCUCCAGGCUGCCGGAUUUACCCCGGAUGACUGUGUGCAUGAACACCGGAUGGACUAUCCCAGGAAAAUGGGAAGUUCCGGUUACACUGAUAUGCAAUUUGAACUGUCCACUUAUGGCGAGUCUGAGAAAAUGACAUAUACAGAACAGGCCAGCAAAAGGCAUCAUUGCAUGAGGCUAACAUGCUUUAUUCGUCUAAAUGACUAUCUAAUUGAGAACACACUGCAUGUCCUAGUGGUAAACGCUGUUAACACUCUUCUGAAUUAUCUUACUGACAAGUUAAAACGAACACCUCCAGCAGAUGUCAUUCAGAAAUGGAUUACUGAAGAGAAGCCCGAAGUCACUGAUAAAAAGGUACCACCUUUGUUGGAAAAGCAAGAGGAGGACGAAUCUCUCAUACCCAUGUUUCUCACCGAACUGAUCUUGACGGUCCAGUCCCUCCUUUUUGUGCCCUCCUUGGAAGACUUUCUGGAUGGUAUUUCCGGUGCAAUUAAUCAGUUUCAAAGCACGGUGCUCUCAGUUUCUAAUCUGGUGCCUGAUUCAUAUUUCAAUGCUUUCACCAGCCCUUACAUUAACAACAAGCUUGAAGAAAAAACAUGUGGCAUGGGACCAAGCCUAUUAGCAGUAUUGGAUGAUGAUAAGAAUUUUCACUUGAUUAUCCAUCAAAUAAAGGAAGCUAUUAAGGCAGCAUUUGAAACUGCCCAGUUAUAUGCAGCGACCUUUGAAAAGUUCCAGAUAUUCUUCAAGGAAAAUGAAAGUCUUGAUUUACAAGCUCUGAAACUUCAGGAACCAGAUGUCAAAUUCUUUAGUGAACAACUGGAAAAAUAUCACAAACAGCAUAAGGAUGCAGUAGCUCUAAAGCCCACCAGAAAUGUAGGAUUGCUGCUCAUUGACACAAAGCUGCUAAAGGAAAAAUUAAUUCCAUCACCUUUGCGAUGCUUGGAGGUGCUAAAUUUUAUGCUUCCUCUUCAAAGCAAGAAAAAAGUGGAUGCCAUUAUCUCUGAGGCACAAGAUGCAGAGUAUAAACUUGAGUUUGUUCCAAGUAUCACCAUAGAAUAUGUUAACAGCUUGAUAUUUCUGGAUGAAAUUCAGGAAAGGAUUGAAAGCCUGGAGGAGGAGGCGGACACGGUGAUGCAAAUGUACAGGCUGAUUGAGCAGUAUCAGGUCCCCACCCCUCCCGAAGACUUCGCUGUUUUUGCGACAAUGAAGCCAUCCAUCGUGGCUGUUCGGAAUGCCAUCGACAAAUCCGUGGGUGAUAGAGAUUCUAGCAUCAAGCAGUUCUGUGUGCAUUUGGGUAAAGACCUGGAAGAACUAAACAAUGAAGUAAAUGAAAUCAAGCUGCAAGCACAGGAUCCACAGAUUUUGGAUAUAAAUGCUGACCAAUCCAAAAUAAAGGUCUUGUUGAAUGACCUGCAAUUAGUUCUAGAAGAUCUUCAAAAACGUGCAUUUCAAUUCAAAUCCUAUCAGAAGAAUUUUAAGGUAGAGGUGUCCAAGUUCGAUGACUUGGAAGAAGUUAGUGCUGAAUUGAAGCUCAAAGUAUUGCUCUGGGAUUCUUACUCUGAAUGGGAUAAAAUUCAACAAGAAUGGUUAGAGUCCAAAUUUGACUCCUUGGAUCCAGAAAUGCUAAACUCCCAGGUUACUAAAUAUGCUAAGUUUGUGGCUCAAUUGGAAAAAGGCUUGCCACCCAACAAUGUAGUGCCCCAGCUCAAACAGAAGGUGGAAAAAAUGAAAGAAAAGCUUCCAGUUAUCAUUGACUUGAGGAACCCCACUUUGAAGCCUAGACAUUGGAAAACGAUUGAGCAAACUGUUGAUGCCACUCUAGUCGACCUCGAAACCCCACUAACCUUGGAGAAGCUCUCUGAGUUGCAUGUUUUUGACUUUGGCCAAGAAAUCCAGGACAUUUCUGGGCAGGCUUCUGGAGAAGCUGCCUUAGAAAUUAUUCUUAAAAGGGUGGAGGAUUCAUGGAAAACAACUGAAUUUGUCAUUCUGCCUCACCGAGAUACCAAAGAUGUGUUUAUCCUGGGUGGCACAGACGACAUACAGGUGCUUCUUGAUGACAGCACCAUCAACAUUGCCACCAUCGCCUCGUCACGUUAUGUGGGUCCUCUGAAAACCAGAGUGGAUGACUGGCAGAAACAACUUGCCUUAUUUAAUCAGACCCUGGAGGAGUGGCUGACCUGUCAGAGAAACUGGCUCUACCUGGAAAGCAUUUUUAAUGCUCCUGAUAUUCAGAGGCAGUUGCCAGCAGAGGCCAAGAUGUUCCUUCAGGUGGAUAAGUCAUGGAAAGAAAUCAUGAGGAAGGUGAACCGGCUGCCUAAUGCUCUUCGAGCGGCUACUCAGCCAGGGCUUCUGGAGACUUUUCAAAACAAUAAUGCACUGCUUGACCAAAUUCAGAAGUGUCUAGAAGCCUAUUUAGAAUCUAAAAGAGUUAUCUUUCCAAGAUUUUACUUCUUGUCAAAUGAUGAACUUCUAGAGAUUUUGGCUCAGACACGAAAUCCCCAAGCUGUGCAGCCACACUUAAGAAAAUGCUUCGACUCCAUUUCAAAGCUCGAAUUUGCUCUUAUGCCUCCUGUGGAAGGGAAAAUUCCUGGUGUUGAAGGAGAGCCAGAAAGAGUUUUCACUAAUGAUAUUUUAGCUAUGCUAUCUCCAGAAGGAGAAAGGGUGGGCUUGGGGAAAGGACUCAAGGCCAGAGGCAACGUGGAGGAAUGGCUUGGCAAAGUGGAAGAGGCCAUGUUCGCGUCUUUGCGGCGCCUGUGCAAAGGCGCCAUUGCUGACUAUCAGUUGAAACUGAGGACGGAGUGGGUGGUAGCUGGCCACCCUUCUCAGGUAGUCCUGACUAUUUCUCAAAUCAUGUGGUGUCGAGAUCUGACCGAGUGCUUAGAGACGGAAGGUGGCAAUUGCCAAGAAGCCCUGGAAGCUUUUGAGAAAGUCAACUUUGAGAGAUUAAAUGCCCUGGCUGCAUUGGUUCGUGGCAGUCUUCCUAAGUUACACAGAAAUAUCAUAACUGCCUUAAUUACUAUCGAUGUCCAUGCAAGAGACAUUGUCUCCGAACUUGUGACUAUGCAGAUAUCUGGAGUAGACUCCUUUGACUGGCAGAGGCAGCUGCGCUAUUAUUGGGACAUAGACCUGGACAACUGUGUGGCUCGGAUGGCGCUCUCAAUGUACACUUACGGCUAUGAAUAUCUAGGUGCAUGCCCACGACUAGUCAUCACUCCUCUCACGGAUCGUUGUUACCUCUGCCUCAUGGGGGCUUUGCAACUCGACCUGGGGGGUGCCCCAGCUGGACCUGCUGGCACUGGAAAAACAGAGACCACCAAAGACCUAGCCAAAGCGCUCGCCAUCCAGUGUGUGGUCUUUAACUGUUCCGAUGGUUUGGACUAUAAGAUGAUGGGGCGCUUCUUCAGUGGUCUGGCGCAGUCGGGGGCCUGGUGCUGCUUUGAUGAAUUCAACCGAAUUGACGUAGAGGUUCUGUCAGUCAUCGCCCAGCAGCUUAUCACCAUCAGAAAUGCCAAAGCUGCAAAGCUCUCUAGGUUCAUGUUUGAAGGGCGAGAAAUAAAGCUGAUUAUGACCUGUGCAGCCUUUAUCACAAUGAAUCCUGGGUAUGCCGGCAGAACCGAAUUACCAGAUAAUCUGAAAGCCUUGUUCAGACCGUUCGCAAUGAUGGUGCCAAACUACGCCUUGAUUGCAGAGGUAAUUCUCUAUUCUGAAGGAUUUGAGUCCAGCAAAAUAUUGGCAAGAAAAAUGACUCAGAUGUAUAAACUGUGCAGUGAGCAACUUUCUCAGCAGGAUCACUAUGAUUUCGGCAUGAGAGCCGUGAAGUCUGUACUGGUCAUGGCUGGGUCUUUAAAGAGAGAGAACCCAACCCUGAAUGAGGACGUGGUACUGAUAAGGGCUUUACGAGAUUCCAACUUGCCCAAGUUCCUCACGGACGAUGCGCUUCUGUUCAGUGGAAUCAUAUCUGACCUUUUUCCUGGAGUCCAAAUUCCGGAGCACGAUUACGGUAUCUUGCAGUCAACAAUUAUUGAUGUUAUGAUUAAGCAACAGCUUCAGCCUGAGCUGUGUAUGGUCCAGAAAGUGAUACAGUUCUAUGAAACCAUGUUAGUAAGGCAUGGUGUGAUGCUAGUCGGGCCAACAGGAGGUGGUAAGACCACAGUUUACAGAAUACUAGCAGAAACUUUGGGAAAUUUGCACAAACUUGGAAUAGACAAUCCCUUUUACCAUCCGGUUAAAACAUUUGUUCUUAAUCCUAAAUCAAUCACAAUGGGUGAAUUAUAUGGCGAAGUGAAUAGCGUAACCUUGGAAUGGAAGGAUGGCUUGAUGGCACUCAGUGUUCGAGCAGCUGUGAAUGAUACUUCCGAAGACCAUAAAUGGAUUGUCAGUGAUGGGCCGGUGGAUGCUCUUUGGAUUGAAAAUAUGAAUACAGUGUUGGAUGAUAACAAGAUGCUUUGCCUGGCUAACAGUGAAAGGAUUAAACUCACACCUCAGAUCCACAUGCUUUUUGAGGUUCAAGAUCUAAGGGUGGCCUCUCCUGCCACCGUCAGUCGCUGUGGAAUGGUGUUUGUUGAUCCUGAAGAACUGAAAUGGAUGCCGUAUGUUCAAACUUGGAUGAAGGGUAUUUCUAAAAAAUUGAAUGAAGAAACCCAGGAAUAUCUGCUGAACCUUUUCCAGCGUUAUGUUGAUGAUGGUUUAAAUUUCAUCAGUAAAAAGUGUAACCAGGCAAUCCCACAAGUGAACAUCAGCAAAGUGACUACACUCUGUUUCUUAUUGGAGUCUUUACUAUUUGGGAAGGACGGACCGAACUUGACAAUGGAACAAACAAAACUGAACACUAUACUAUGCCAGACUUUUGUAUUCUGUUAUUUAUGGUCUCUGGGUGGAAACUUAAGUGAGAACUACUGGGAUUCAUUUGAUACAUUUAUUAGAACACAAUUUGAUGACAAUCCUGAUGCGAGGCUGCCCAGCUCUGGCGACCUGUGGAGCGUUCACAUGGACUUCGACACCAAACGGCUGGAUCCCUGGGAACGAAUCAUACCGACCUUCAAGUACAGCCAGGAUGUUCCCUUUUUUGAAAUGCUCGUCCCCACGAUGGACACCGUGCGCUUCGGGUAUCUGAUGGAAAAGCUACUGGCGGUGAAGCAUUCGGUGCUCUUCACGGGAAUGACGGGAGUGGGCAAGUCUGUCAUUGCAAAAGGACUACUGAGUAAAAUCCAGGAAACUGCUGGCUAUGUUCCUGUUUACCUAAACUUUUCUGCUCAAACGUCAUCAGCAAGGACACAAGAGAUUAUUGAGUCAAAGCUGGAAAGAAAAAGAAAAAACAUUCUGGGAGCACCGGGAAACAAGCAAGUGGUGAUUUUUGUGGACGACCUAAACAUGCCCAGGUUGGAUCGCUACGGCUCUCAGCCUCCCAUUGAAUUGCUUCGACAGUACCAAGAUUUUCAUGGAUUUUACGACAGGAACAAACUCUUUUGGAAAGAAAUACAGGAUGUAAUAAUCGUAACAGCAUGCGCACCUCCAGGUGGUGGCCGCAACCCUGUGACGCCUCGCUUCAUCCGACACUUCAGCAUGCUGUGUCUCCCAAUGCCCUCUGAGCACAGUCUAAAACAGAUUUUUCAGUCCAUCUUAAACGGCUUCCUGAGUGACUUCCCACCAGCUGUAAAGCAGAGUGCACCGAACAUCGUCGAAGCUGCAGUGGAGAUCUAUAACAGAAUGAGUGUGGACCUGCUCCCAACACCAGCCAAGUCCCAUUAUGUCUUUAAUUUGAGAGAUUUAUCAAAAUGUGUGCAAGGUAUUCUCCAGUGUGAUUCAGGAACAAUAAGAGAAGAGAUGCAGAUAUUUAGACUCUUUUGCCAUGAAUGUCAACGGGUUUUCCAUGAUCGCUUGAUUAAUAAUGAAGAUAAAAACUAUUUCCAUGUCAUCUUGACAGAAAUGGCCAACAAACAUUUUGGAAUUACCACUGACGUGGAAUAUUUUUUGAGUAAGCCCAUCAUAUUUGGAGACUUUAUUAAGUUUGGAGCAGACAAGAGUGAUCGAAUUUACGAUGACAUGCCUGAUACGGAGAAAAUUGCAAAUGUUCUGCAGGACUACCUCGAUGAUUAUAAUCUCACAAAUCCCAAGGACGUCAAGUUGGUCUUCUUCCAGGAUGCUGUAGAACAUGUCUCAAGGAUUGCCAGGAUGAUCCGUCAGGAACGAGGCAAUGCUCUGCUGGUUGGGGUAGGGGGCACGGGAAAGCAGUCGCUUACGAGACUUGCAGCUCAUAUAUGUGGCUACAAAUGUAUGCAGAUUGAACUGAGCCGGGGUUAUAACUACGACUCUUUCCAUGAAGACCUGAGGAAGUUGUACAAAAUGGCAGGCGUAGAGGACAAGAACAUGGUUUUUCUUUUCACAGACACCCAGAUUGUAGUGGAGGAGUUCCUAGAGGAUAUAAAUAACAUCCUGAACUCGGGUGAGGUGCCUAAUUUGUUCGAAAAGGACGAACUGGAGCAGGUGUUAGCUGCCACGAGACCCAAAGCAAAAGAAGCAGGGAUUUCGGAGGGGAAUAGAGAUGAGGUGUUUCAGUACUUUAUCAGCAGAGUCCGUCAGAAGCUGCACAUUGUUCUCUGCAUGAGCCCCGUCGGGGAGGCCUUUCGGGCCCGGUGUCGGAUGUUUCCAUCCCUUGUGAACUGCUGCACCAUUGACUGGUUUGUCCAGUGGCCCAAAGAAGCACUUCUGUCCGUGUCAAAGACCUUUUUCUCCAAUGUUGACCCUGGAAACGUCGACCUGAAAGAGAAGCUCUCCCUCAUGUGCGUGUACGUGCACCUGAGCGUGUCGCAGAUGGCGGAGCGCUACUACACGGAGCUGCGCAGGCGCUACUACACGACGCCCACCUCCUACUUGGAGCUCAUCAACCUCUACCUGUCCAUGUUGAGCGAAAAGAAGAGGCAGUUGGUUUUAGCACUAGGUCGGGUGAAGAAUGGUCUGACCAAGCUAUUAGAAACGAACAUACUAGUAGAUAAAAUGAAAUUAGACCUCUCAGCUUUGGAACCUAUCCUUUUAAAAAAAUCACAAGAUGUUGAAGAGCUGAUGGACAAACUAGCAGUGGAUCAAGAGAGUGCCGAUCAGGUCCGUCAAAUUGUACAAGAAGAUGAAGCAAUGGCAAAGGUGAAAGCCGAAGAAACCCAAGCCAUAGCUGAUGAUGCUCAGAGAGACCUUGAAGAAGCUCUCCCUGCGCUCGACGCUGCCAAUAAAGCUUUGGAUUCCUUGGAUAAAGCAGAUAUAUCUGAAAUCAGAGUUUUUACAAAACCCCCAGAUAUGGUCAUGACAGUAAUGGAAGCAAUUUCCAUUCUCUUGAAUGCAAAGCCUGAUUGGCCAACAGCAAAGCAGAUCCUUGGUGACUCGAACUUCCUGAAAAAGCUGUUAGAAUAUGACAAGGAAAACAUAAAGCCUCAAAUCCUGGCAAAACUUCAAAAGUAUAUCAACAAUCCUGACUUUGUGCCUGAGAAAGUAGAGAAAGUGUCCAAAGCCUGUAAAUCCAUGUGCAUGUGGGUACGAGCAAUGGACUUGUACUCUCGGGUUGUCAAAGAAGUUGAGCCAAAGAGACAGAAACUCCGUGCGGCCCAGGCUGAGCUCGAUGUGACUAUGGCUACCCUGCGAGAAAAGCAAGCAUUGCUGAAACAGGUCGAAGAUAAGAUAAAGAACCUGCAAGAUGAAUACGACAAAGGCGUGAAUGAAAAGGACAGUCUAUCUAAGAACAUGUCCCUGACACAAGCGCGCCUCGUUCGUGCCGGCAAGCUUACAGCAGCGCUAGGAGAUGAGCAAAUCCGAUGGGAAGAAAGCAUUGAGAAAUUUGAAGAAGAGUUAUCCAACGUUGUUGGGAAUGUGUUCAUAGCCGCGGCUUGUGUGGCCUAUUACGGCGCAUUCACGGCCCAAUACAGGCAAUUGCUUAUCGACCUUUGGAUCACGGAUUGUCUGGAUCUGAACAUCCCAAUUGAUACUUCCUUCAGUCUCAUUAACAUCCUUGGAGACCCUUAUGAAAUACGGCAGUGGAACACUGAUGGGCUGCCUCGUGACAUGAUCUCAACAGAAAAUGGUAUUUUAGUUACUCAGGGGCGACGGUGGCCGUUGAUGAUUGACCCACAGGAUCAGGCAAACCGCUGGAUAAGAAACAAGGAAAUCAAAAGUGGCUUAAAGAUCAUCAAGCUUACAGAUAGUAACUUCCUACGUACACUUGAGAAUUCCAUCCGACUUGGUUUUCCUGUCUUACUGGAAGAGCUUAAAGAAACCUUGGAUCCAGCUCUAGAACCCAUUCUUUUGAAACAGACUUUCGUUAGUGGUGGCCGAUUUCUCAUUCGCCUUGGAGACUCAGACAUUGAUUACGACAAAAACUUCAGGUUCUAUAUGACGACCAAGAUGCCAAAUCCCCACUAUCUGCCUGAGGUGUGCAUUAAAGUUACCAUCAUCAACUUCACUGUGACCAAAUCUGGUCUUGAGGAUCAAUUGUUAAGUGAUGUGGUGCGACUUGAAAAACCUGAUUUGGAAGAACAAAGAAACCAGCUCAUUGUGAGGAUCAACACUGACAAGAACCAGCUGAAAGCUAUCGAAGAGAAAAUCCUAAAAAUGCUCUAUACUUCUGAAGGAAACAUUCUAGACAACGAGGAACUUAUUGACACCCUCCAGGAUUCUAAGAUCACAUCUGGUGCCAUUAAAACCAGGCUGAAAGAAGCAGAGUCCACCGAGAAGAUGAUCAACAUCGCUCGUGAGAAGUACCGCCCAGUAGCCACACAAGGUUCCGUCAUGUACUUUGUCAUUGCCAGCCUCUCCGAGAUAGAUCCCAUGUACCAGUAUUCCCUAAAAUAUUUCAAGCAGCUGUUCAACACAACCAUCGAAACUUCUGAGAAGUCAAACGAGCUAGAGAAGCGCCUGGACAUACUGCUGGAGCAAACGCUCCUGACGGCUUACGUCAAUGUUUCCAGAGGGCUUUUUGAACAGCAUAAGCUCAUCUACAGCUUCAUGCUGUGCAUCGAGAUGAUGCGUCAGCAAGGGAACCUCACGGACGCCGAAUGGAAUUUCUUUCUCCGGGGCGCUGCAGGAUUAGAGAAGGAACGCCCUCCUAAGCCUGAUGCUCCCUGGCUACUUCCUGCCACAUGGUUUUCCUGCUGUGACCUAGAAGAGUCAUUUCCAGUUUUUCAGGGAAUUACACAGUAUCUCCUAUUACAUCCCAUUUCCAUAACCUUAGGCUCUUUUGAAACUCAUAUUAACCCCGUGGACUGGGAGGGGUACGAGCAGGCAAAGGCAGAAGAGCAAGAUCUGACCCCGGAAAAGGGGGUCCAGAGACAAAGCACUUGGAAUCCAGAACUGAGCUCUUUCCACAAGCUCAUUCUUAUUAAGUGUUGUAAAGAAGAAAAGGUGGUUUUCGCUCUUACAGACUUCGUGAUCGAAAAUCUUGGAAAACGUUUCAUAGAGACGCCGCCUGUGGAUCUGGCUACUCUGUAUCAAGACAUGUCCUCCAACACUCCCCUGAUAUUCAUCUUAAGCACCGGUUCCGAUCCCAUGGGCGCAUUCCAGAGGUUUGCCCGAGAAAGUGGAUUUUCAGAACGAGUGCAGUCCAUUUCCCUGGGGCAAGGCCAAGGACCCAUCGCUGAGAGAAUGAUCAAGGAUGGAAUGAAGACAGGGAACUGGGUGUUUCUGCAAAACUGCCAUCUUGCUGUUUCGUGGAUGUUGGCAAUGGAAGAGCUCAUUAAAACCUUUACAGAUGCAAAUAUCGUGAUGAAGGACACUUUCCGUCUUUUUUUAAGUUCCAUGCCAAGUAGCACAUUUCCUGUGACAGUUCUGCAAAAUUCUGUCAAGGUAACAAAUGAGCCACCAAAAGGCUUACGUGCAAAUAUCCGACGAGCAUUUACGGAAAUGACACCUUCGUUUUUUGAAGAGAACAUACUCGGGAGGAAGUGGAGACAAAUAAUAUUUGGCAUCUGUUUCUUUCAUGCAAUUAUUCAGGAGAGAAAAAAGUUUGGCCCUCUUGGUUGGAACAUCUGCUAUGAGUUUAAUGACAGUGACAGGGAGUGUGCACUGCUGAACCUGAACCUUUACUGCCAAGAAGGAAAGAUCCCCUGGGACGCCUUGAUUUACAUCACUGGUGAAAUUACUUAUGGUGGCCGAGUUACAGACACCUGGGAUCAAAGAUGCCUUCGUACUGUCUUGAAAAAAUUUUUUUCUCCUGAGACACUAGAAGUCAAUUAUAAAUACUCUGAAUCAGGCAUCUAUUUUGCACCCUUGGCUGACAGCCUACAGGAGUUUAAGGACUACAUUGAACAUCUGCCUUUGAUAGAUGACCCAGAAAUAUUUGGAAUGCAUGAAAAUGCCAACUUAGUUUUCCAGUACAAAGAGACCAACACUUUGAUCAACAUCAUCCUGGAAGUUCAGCCCAGGUCAUUUUCAGGCGGUGGGGGAAAAAGUAAUGAUGAAAUUGUUCAAGAACUUGUUGCUUCUGUCCGGGCCAGAGUGCCAGAAGCACUGCUGAUGGAGGGUGCUUCAGAGGGCCUGUUCACCAAGGAUUCCCAAGGCCGCGUGAACUCCUUGACCACAGUCCUUGGACAAGAAGUGGACCGAUUUAACAAUCUGCUGAACUUGAUACAUACUUCUCUAGAAACACUGAGGAAAGCCAUUGCUGGGCUUGUAGUGAUGUCUGAGGAGAUGGAGAAGGUCUAUAACAGUUUCCUCAACAACCAGGUCCCCUCUCUCUGGUCCAACACAGCCUACCCUUCCCUAAAACCGCUAGGAUCAUGGGUGAAAGAUCUUAUUCUGAGGACUGCAUUUGUGGAUUUGUGGCUCAAAAGAGGACAGCCGAAGUCCUUCUGGAUCUCUGGGUUCUUCUUCCCUCAAGGCUUCCUAACAGGGACUCUCCAGAAUCAUGCCCGGAAAUACAAUUUGCCGAUAGAUGAGCUCAGCUUCAAGUACAACAUGAUUCCCAUCUACCGGGACCAAGCUACAGUGAUAGAAGCUGCCAAGGCGGUGCAGUUUGGACAAGAACUGCCCAUGGACAAAGAGCUGCCCUCCCCCGAAGACGGCGUUCUGGUUCAUGGGAUGUUCAUGGAUGCUUCCCGAUGGGACGAUAAGGAGAUGGUGAUAGAGGACGCGCUGUCUGGACAGAUGAAUCCAAUGCUGCCCGUGGUGCAUUUUGAACCUCAACAGAAUUACGAGCCCAAUCCUACACUGUACCAUUCCCCACUCUAUAAGACAGGGGCCCGCGCAGGCACACUGUCAACCACAGGCCACUCGACUAACUUUGUGGUGACCAUCCUCUUGCCCUCCAAGAGAUCGAAGGACUACUGGAUCGCCAAGGGCUCGGCUCUGCUCUGCCAGCUGAGCGAGUGACAAGACGCCUCCCCGACCAGCCAGCAAGGUCUGCGGGGUUUCCAUUGGAACACAUCGAGUGCUUGUUGUUUUUGCUUUUGCUUAAAGGGUAGUGUCGGUGGCUUGUAUUUCACAUAGAAUCGGCAAUAAAGUGGUUUGCUGCCUGUUGCUCA